CGCGUGAUGUCUCGUCUCGAUGGCAUCUGAUGACAGCCCGCCGGCCGUGACAGUUUGUCCGCCAUGACAGUGCCACCCGGAAUCGGUCACCGGUGGGGUCACGAGGGGUCGCUGACAGCUCGGGCUGAGCCGGUAUAAAGUCGGGGUCGACGGCAGGACAGCUACUGCCGUGAGCCGGAGGCACCAUGGCACGUCUGCGCUGGCUGCAGCCGCUGCUGCUGCUGGCGGUGUGGGUGGCACUCUCCGACGCCGCUCCAGCCGCCUCGCCCGGCUGUGGUGGUGACCGUUGUCCGCGCAAACGAUGCUCGGAUCACUCGGGAGGAGGUGGCGGAUGUCCAGUUCCACCUCCUCCGCGCCUGAAUGACGACCCUUACCAACACUGCCGCUGUAGGACCAAGAGCGGAAAGCGCUGCAAACGCCGGCGCAGGUCGCGCUCCAAGUCACGGUCUAAAUCACGGUCCAAAUCGCGGUCGAAAUCGCGUUCCAAGUCGCGGUCGAGGUCGCGGUCCAAGUGUUUCUGCGAGUGCGACCGUGUGAGGAUUGUUGACCAGCAGCCGGCGCGCCCUGUCUUCAUUCCCGUUCCAGUGCCUGUAGGUACCGGUCCCUACCCUGAACCACAGGGCCCUGUCUACCCGGAGCCUCAGCACCCCCCGGUGGUGUACGAGCCCCCUCAGCAACACAAUCCAAAGGUGUACCCCCAGCCGCGCCCGGCGCCGAUCGUCCUGCCCGCCACCUGUGCCGAGGUCUGCCCUGGAAGGUCGUGUUCGCUGGAUGACCAUGGCAGGCCAGUCUGUUUGGAAAUCGUCGAAGAGAGGGGACGACCCAGGAGACGCUGCAAGGGGAGGCGCAGGAAGUGCAAGGGAGACAGUUGCUCAUCAAGCUCGUGCUCAACCUCGUCGUCCCGGUCAAGGUCAAAGUGAAUCAAUGGGAGGUCAAAGUGAAUCAGUCGGAGGUCAAAGUGAAUUACCAAUCACGAGCGAGAACGCAGCGGCCCAUAUGAAGGCUGUUAUGGCUACUGCUCAAUUGAGAGCAGCACGCAGUUCGAAAUAAAAAAGGUUGCAUCCAA